AUGGUUGAGUGUGUCCUCAAGUGUUACCAUGACACCUCUCAGGUGACAGAUGAACUAGUACAGGCGAUCCUUCUUCCAGGACUGGAGCCUGGUGCUUCAGACGUGUUUCUCGAGUUCAUUUGUUAUUCAGAGGGGCCCCUUCCUGAGGAAUUACUGCCUCAAGUGCAGUGUCCUGUUUUGGUAGCAUGGGGUGAUAAAGAUCCAUGGGAACCUAUUGAGCUUGGAAGAACCUAUGAGAAAUUUAAUUCUGUAGAAGACUUUAUUGUCCUCUCUGAUGUGGGCCACUGCCCUCAGGAUGAGGCGCCUCAUCUAGUGAACCCACUUGUUGAAUCUUUCGUGGCACGCCAUGCAACACCAGAAGCUAAUCUUUCUUCGAAGGCUUCCUGAUCCAUUGCCAGGAAAAAUGAGGUGAGAUAAGUGAUUUGGUGAAAUGACCAGUCAGUAGGAGAAUAAAGUAAAUUCAAGGGGGAGCAAAGUGUAAUAAAAGGUUGAUAUGAGGAUUAAAGAAUAUUUGUCUCUGAAGAGAUUGGAGGAAAUUCAGAGGGCACUUUGUGAAUGGGUCCCAACCGUUCGAACGCAAGGAUGUCUACGAGAAGCGAAGUGGGGAAAAACCAAAGAGAUGCAACCGUUCAAAUGGGUCCCAUUGUUCGAACGCCAAUUUGACGAUACAUACAACCAAGCUAAGAGGCAAUAUCUAGAGAAAUUUGACCAUCGAGAUGUGCGAUGACCGUCUGAACGCCACUUGACGAUGCGUACUUCCGUUCAAAUGCAGUUCAUCGUUUGAACACGCCUUCUUUUUGAUUGACGGAUGUUUUAGCCCUUGGUUCUAUUCUAAGAUCUGAUUUUCUUUAGGAGAGGUAUAAAUAGAGAGGGGAUUAACCUUUUUUAAGGGGGCUUCCUACAUCUCUCUCUGCCUAGACUCUCUUGAACCUUUUUCUUAUUUUAUUGAAGA